AGCGAGCCUUGACUAACGCGCGUUAAUUGAACUGGCUCAAAAGCUCGAUGUCCGGUAUUGCUGUAGGGCGGCUUAGCGAAGAGCGAAAAGCUUGGAGAAAAGAUCAUCCCUUCGGUUUCGUCGCUAAACCUACGAAAAAUCAGGAUGGAACGCUUAACCUGAUGAACUGGGAGUGUGCGAUUCCUGGCAAGAAAGGAACUCCUUGGGAAGGUGGUUUGUACAAAUUGAGGAUGAUAUUUAGAGAUGAUUAUCCAACGUCACCUCCUAAAUGCAAAUUUGAGCCUCCACUCUUCCAUCCUAAUGUUUACCCAUCGGGGACAGUCUGUCUAUCUCUAUUGGAUGAAGAGAAAGACUGGAGACCAGCAGUUACAAUCAAACAAAUCUUGUUGGGUAUUCAAGAUUUACUGAAUGAUCCAAAUAUAAAAGAUCCAGCCCAAGCAGAAGCAUACACAAUUUACACACAAAACAGAGUGGAAUAUGAUAAAAGAGUUCGAGUGCAAGCAAAACAGUUUGCUGCAAGUUACAAUGGGCAAUAGCAUUUUAGAGACUAGUGAUCUCGUUGCUUGUUUUUACUGCUCCAGGUUGUUGUAUGCUAUUUGACUUACUGUAUUUGUUUACAAAAAAUCUUGCUGUUACAUAGUUGA